ACAAUUACAAUUGCAUUACAUCACAUUACAUGGUUUGUAACUUCGUUCAAUAUAGCAAUGUUAACCUUUUUACAAUUCUUUCCUUUCACCAUUCUUAAAAAUGUUUGCUAAAUAAAUCAUUUAUUUUUUUUUUUUCCUUAUUUUUGAUAGUUUUUAGCAUAACUUUUCUUUGUCAUUGUUUUAUUUUUUUUUUUUUAUCCCUUUACACGUAUAGCACAGCAUAUCAAAAUAGUACAUUUCUUCUGUUUUGCCCCCCUUCGUUCUCUUUUUUUUUUUUUUGUGUGUGUCAUUGCAUCGUAUAUAUGUGCUUAUGCGCACAUAUGCCUAGGCGUACAUGUGAGUACCCCUACGUACACGUGAGUGCCCCUACGUACGCGUGAGUGUCAUUUCGUACUUCUGAAAACCAGCGCGCACAUGUGAACGUCCCUAUGUACAAAUAUAAAUGCCCUUUCGUACAUAUACCAAGCUAUUCCGCGUCCCCAACCACACGCACGCUCGUACGUACGUACAGGCCUGUAUAGACCCCCAGAACAUUGUUGCAACUUGCGUAAAUAAGAAUGUCACAGUUUCGCGAUACCUUCACGAAGGAUAGUAAAAAAGAGCCAUUAUUAAGCUAUGAUGACUCUGCAUUUAUUUUUUUCGCGGGAACUGUUUUAAUUUGUGUGUUAAUUCCAUGUACAUACAUUUACAUCAAAUCUCUAUUUAACAAAAUUUUCAACAAUGAUAGUCGCAAUUUAAAAAGGUCCAAGCACAACAGUGUGUACCGGUCCUGUGCGUGUGCACUAUGUAAGGGAAAGCAAGAGAGGAGAAAUAAAAGCACCACACUAUGGGAAAAGUUGGGAUAUAGAAGAAUAAUACAAUUUUUCCUGUUGGUCCUAUUUUGGGGAUUGCUCUUCAUCCUGGUGCAGCAGAUGCUGAGUACGAAGCCUAUGCAGACAUUUGACCCAUUCGAAAUAUUAGAAGUUCAUACAGGUGCAACAGUGGGAGAAAUUAAAAAGGCGUAUAGACUUAAAUCAUUGAAAUACCAUCCAGAUAAAAAUCCAAAUGAUACGUCAGCAGCGGCAAAAUUUAUUUUAAUAACGAAGGCGUAUCAAGCAUUGACGGAUGAAAUAUCAAAGGAGAAUUAUGAAAAGUAUGGAAAUCCAGAUGGACCUGGUAUGAUGAAGGUAGGAAUUGGUCUACCCAAACUUUUGAUAGAUGAAAAAUAUCAGUUAUUAAUACUAUCCAUUUUUUUCUUAAUAUUUCUUGUGUUCAUUCCGGCCAUAUUUAUUAUAUACUACCAAAGACAAAAACAGUAUGGGCCCAAUGGGGUCAAAAUUGAAACUCUGCAAUAUUUGACGUACACUAUAAAUGAAAAUAGCAGAGCUAAGGCAUACCCAGAAAUGCUGGCAGCUACGGCGGAGAGCAGAGAUAUCGAAUUUCGAGCGGAGGAUGAAGAGUAUGUGAAGAGAAUGAUAGACGAAUUAGUGGAACCUAAAAAGAGAACCUUCAAAGUACCCGUAAUAACGAAAAAUUAUUUCUUAAUAUUAGCCCAUAUGCAAAGAAGGUACGAUUUAUUAUCAGAAGAAAUGAAAGAAGAUUUGGAAAAAAUUCUUCAAUUCUCUCUACUCAUAACGCAUAGUAUGAUAGAAAUUAGCAUUUUAAGGGAUUGGUUUUUAACAGCGCAGGCGGCCUUAACAUUUAGAAGAUGUCUCAUACAAGCCUUUGACAUUAGAAGUUCAAGUUUGCUGCAAAUUCCCCAUUUUACUGAAAGUAUAAUUAAACAUGUCCAUAAGGGAAAAUUCGCUGUGAAGGACAUCCUAGAUUUUGUGCAUCAAAGCCAUGAGUCCAGAAAGGGGUUAAGUGAAAUGACCGAUGAGCAAAUUCUGGACGUCAAAUCAUUUUGCAACAUUGUUCCAGAUAUUAAGAUGACUGCAGAAAUUGUGGUGGAGGAUGAAACUCAUAUUGUGAAGGGGGACGUGGCUUCGAUCUACAUACAUAUUGAUAGAACCAAUUUACAUGAAAAUGAAGCCGCUGGGUAUAUCCAUGCGCCUUACUUUCCUCAACCCAAAUUUGAAGAAUGGUGGAUUGUGGCUACCUACAAGGGAGAUGAUCGUAUACUAAAAUAUGUACAUGUAAAAAAUUGUGAGAAAAGAAUUGAAGAAAAGCUACAAUUUAUGGUAGACAGAGUUGGUAAUUUGUGUGUGUCCAUCUACAUCCUCAGUGACUGCUACUUCGGAUGUGAUAAGAAACUGGACUUGCCAUUCAGAGCCUACUCGCAAACGGAGAUAAAGAGAGAAAUUUUCGUGCACCCGGAGGAUAUUGAGUUGGACAAUGAGCCAACCCUCUUCCAACAAAUGAUUGGGGAUAUCGGCAGGAGAGACGACAGCGAUGAUGAAGUGGAGGCCCGCGCCAGUGGCGACCCCAAUAAAAGGAACAGCUCCGCGCGAGGCAGCACCGCCUCCGCGGCGCGUAGCAACAGCCAGCAUAACCAAGCGAGCAACGCGGGAAGCGGCACCAAUGCUAACAGUAGUGGCGGUCAUAACAGUAGCGGCGGCCAUAAUAACAGUGGCGACCAAAACAACAGUAACAGCAAUAGCAAUAGCAAUAACAAUAGUAAUAGUAACGACGGCGGCGCCGGCGGAGGCGAGCAGCCGCCCCCAUCCCAGCGAACCGUGUCCAGGGACCACGAAAAUUACGUGCCCGACGAUGACUCGAACGAGGAUUCGGAUGAUGGAUAG